AUGUCUAGCACGCUAGCUUUCGCCCUCACCUUCACCGCCGGCAUCGUAGCCACUCUCAUCCUCAUCUCAUUCUCCAAAUACAUCUUCAAGCUCAUCCCUUCGCGGUACCGGCCCUCGUCGGACCCCAAGGAUGACCAUUACCAGAUUCUCGUCCUUGGCGAUAUCGGGCGAAGCCCGCGGAUGCAAUACCACGCUCUGAGUGUCGUGAGAAGCGGCGCCCAUGUCGAUCUUGUAGGGUACAAAGAGUGGCUUCGAUGGCAAAUGAGUCUGUUCAUCGGCCUUCCUCUCAAGGCGCUGUGGCAGUCUUAUGAUCUAUUUUACACCCUUGCCUACACCGCUCCUGCCGCCAAGUGGAUCAUCAUCCAGAUGUACAAGUUUUACGAGUGCUUCUUUGCCCGCCGCGUCCCGGAUGUGAGCGUUACCGUCACCGAGGCCAUGGCGCGCGACAUGCGCCGGGCCCCCUUUGGGCUCAAAAUGCCCAUCCUCACCCUCCACGACCGCCCCGCGGCUACCUUCCAGCCCAUGACCUCACGUGAAGAGCGCAAGAAAUUUCUUUUAGGGCUCCGCGAGACCAAAGACCACGCCGAACGCAUCAUCACCGGGAAAACGCGCCUGGUGAUCAGCAGCACGUCGUGGACUCCUGACGAGGACUUUGGCAUCUUGCUCGAGGGCUUGGGGCCUCAAAAGGCCGACUUUGAAAAGAUGAUGAGGGAUCUCAAGGCCGGCGGCCACCUCCCCAACGUCGAUAUCUUGACUGCUUGGCUUUCCACCCGGGAUUAUGCCACCCUCCUGGCUGCUGCUGACUUGGGAGUCUGCCUCCACCGCUCCAGCUCCGGCGUCGACCUCCCCAUGAAGAUUGUUGAUAUGUUUGGUGCCGGCUUACCUGUCACCGCCUAUUCGGCGUAUGAGAGCUUCAGCGAGCUCGUUAAGGAAGGCGAGAACGGCUGCGGGUUUGAGACGCCUGACGACCUCUCUGUCAUCCUGAGACGGCUGUUGUCGAGCAGCUCCACCGAACUCGAAAAGCUCCGCCAAGGAGCUGUAAGAGAGGGAAGUAGGAGAUGGGAUGACGAAUGGGACCCCGUUAUCGGGAGAACUCUCGGCUUAGUAGCUUGA